ACUGCUUGCUUUCCUCCUCUCUCUCUCUCCCCCUUCGCCGUAGACGCGAACGCCGCGGCGGCGAGAAGGUCACGGCGAGGGGAGCUCGUGUCGAGGCGAGGCGAGGUGGGGGUUGAUUAUGCCCGAGGGGGGGAUACCGGCAUGCUUCCGCGGCGCGCCGGGAGGGGGCGCGGGAGGGGGCGGUGGCGGUGGCGUGGGCGUGGCGGGGCAGUCGUCAGGGGGCGUGGGGACUAGCCUGGCGACGUCGGUGUACGAGACGCGGCUCGGGGUUGCGGCGCUGUCGUGGUCGCGCGCGGCGCUCGGGCUCAGCCUCCGUGUCGUGCUCCGCGUGGCGGGCGGGGCGGGGGCGGGGGCGUGGGCCGCGGCGUCGUCCUCGGCGGCGUCGGAUUACGGGUGCUACGACGAGGGGGCGGAGUGCUACGGGGGGGAGGAGGAGGAGGAGGAGGAGGAGGCGACCGUCGCGGUGCGGGUCCGGCCGUGGCUGCUGUGGCGGCGGCGCGGGUCGAAGCGGUUCCGCGUGCGGGACCGGCGGGUCGACCUGGCGUGGGACCUCACGCGCGCGCGGUUCGCCUGCCCAGGCUCGCCCGAACCGUCGUCGGGGUACUUCGUCGCCGUCGUGGUCGACGGCGAGAUGGCGCUCGUCGCGGGCGACAUGGCGGAGGAGGCGUACAGGAAGACGAAAGCGCGGCGCGGCCCCGGCCCCGACGCCGUCCUCAUCUCCCGGCGGGAGCACGUGUCGAUGCGCGACGCGGGGCACGGCCGCGGCCACAAGACCUUCGUCAACGUCCGCGGCAAGGAACGGGAGAUCUCGGUGGAUCUCGUGUCGCGCGGCCACGGCAAGGACAGGGACAAGGACAAGGACAAGGAGAGGGACAAGGCCGACGUCGGCAUGUCGGUCACCGUCGACGGCGAGCGCGUGCUCCACAUCCGGCGCCUGCGCUGGAAGUUCCGCGGCACCGAGAAGGUCGACCUCGGCGGCGGCGACGGCGUCCAGGUCUCCUGGGACCUCCACCACUGGCUCUUCCCCAACCGCGACACGGCCCCCGCCGACGCCUCCGCGGUCACCCCGCCUCCCCAGCCCGCCCACGCCGUCUUCAUCUUCCGCUUCGAGCUCGCCGACAUCGCCGGCGACGACCGCGACUCUGCCGAGGUCAAGGACGAGCACCUCCUCGAAAACGCCGGGAGCGGCGGCGGCGGCGGCGCGUGGGCAGGCUACCUCGGGAGGUGGGGGCGAGGGGACUGGAGCGAGAGCAGCAGCAACGGGGAGAACCGGAGGAAGAGGGGGCAAGCCCGGAGGCUGGCCAAGGCGAGCUCGUCGUCAUCGGCGUCGGUGGCUUCCUCCUCCGCGUCGUGGGCGAGCGGCUCGACGGUGAUGGACUGGGCGAGCCCCGAGGAGGCCGAGCUGCAGCGCGGCCAUGGCUUCUCCCUCCUCGUCUACGCCUGGAAAUGCUAGCAAUUGGCGCCGAGCAAAGCAUUCUUUCCAUUGAUGAUGAUUGAUGGUAAUUCAGUGAGAUUUUUUCUUCUUCUUCUUCUUCUAUCUUCUUCGGAUUGUUGUAAGUUGCAAUUGUUAUCCGAGCAAUGUUCUUGUGCAGUUUUUGAAAAUUGUUUCAUCAGCUGACCAAAUUGUUCAUUAGUAAAUUUCAAAGCCAAAGAAAUCAAACAGAUAGAAGAGUUAGAGAAGUCGUAUUUAUGAUCCAUGGUCUUCCUUUUUCCAAAUUAGGUGGCGAAUUUGCUUAGUAAUUGGCUAAUUCCCUCAAGUCAUCUGGUUGGUUGAUUAGGUAUUCA